GCAUGCAUAUAUUUGUCACAGUCUCACACUCUACGCAUGUGGGCAUGGAUAUUUCUGAAAUCACCUGCCCUAUCCGGCCGUGUGUCUUGAACAGCCAUGAACUCUUUCUGGGUCUUGUAAUUUUCCAUUCUAACCAGCUGAUACCAGGAGAGGUCAUGUUCUGAAGCCAGCUUGGCUUGUGUUAAGCCAUUUUGGAUCCGUCCCUUUCAUCUGAGCUGACUUCUAGUAUUCAGCUGGUGAUCUGCCGUGUUGCUGCAUGCUUCUUUUUUUUCUAAAAUGCACACCAUGACCCUGGUGUUUAUGCUUAUCUGUACAUUAAAUGAAAGAGAAUUGGGGUGAUGCAACAAAGUUUUUUAUCUGGAUAAUUUCAUAAUAACAAAGCACAACAGAAAAGCUUCCGCUGGACGGCAGCGAGGGCAGAACCUGGAUGGAAGAAGGCCAGUCUCAAACUCAGCUCACAGCUGUGGAUGGUCCCGAUGGAGCUGCGACAGACGACGGAGACCGUCCAGCAUGGGAUUCUAAGAUCCAGUAUGUGUUAGCCCAGGUGGGCUUCAGCGUGGGCUUAGGGAAUGUGUGGAGGUUUCCAUACCUCUGCCAUCAAAAUGGAGGAGGCGCCUUCAUGCUGCUGUAUGUUUUUCUUUUGGUGGUUGUGGGAGUUCCACUGUUUUUUAUGGAGCUGGCUGCUGGCCAAAGCAUUCGACAGGGCAGCAUCGGUGUAUGGAAGCACAUCUCUCCAAAGCUGGGAGGGAUCGGCUACUCCAGCUGCAUGGUCUGUUUUUAUGUGGCUUUGUACUAUAACGUUAUCAUUGCAUGGAGCCUGUUCUACAUGGGUAACUCCUUUCAGUAUCCUCUGCCAUGGGAGAAGUGUCCAACGAAUGUAACCUCCAAUGACACAGUGAAAGAAUGCGCAGGCAGCUCCCCGACGUCGUAUUUCUGGUUUCGGAAAGCUCUUAACAUCACAAAUUCCAUUGAAGAAUCUGGAGAGUUUAACCCCAUCAUGACAGGCUGUUUAUUGGCUGCUUGGGCAAUUGUUUCCUUGGCAAUGAUAAAGGGCAUCAAGUCUUCUGCAAAGGUGAUGUACUUUUCCUCCAUUUUUCCCUAUGUGGUGCUUUUUAUUUUCCUGAUCAGAGGAUUACUGUUGGACGGUGCCUUGGAAGGAAUCACCUACAUGUUUUAUCCUAAGCUGGAGAUCUGGGGUAACGUGCAGGUGUGGCGACAGGCUGCUACACAAGUGUUUUUCGCCCUGGGCCUGGGCUAUGGUUCUGUUAUCGCGUACUCCUCCUACAAUCCAGUCCACAACAACUGCCACAGGGAUGCGCUGAUGGUCUCCUGCAUCAACUUCAUGACAUCCGUGCUGGCCUCUCUAGUGGUUUUCGUCGUGCUCGGUUUCCGUGCCAAGAACAUUGCACUACGCUGCGUGGCUGAAAAUCUCAGUGUAUUAAACUCAUUGGCGUCCAGUGGAUCUAACCAGCACUGGUGGCCAUGGUUCAACAUGACAGAUGUAAGCUCUGUGACUUUAGCUGAAUACAGAGAGUGGUACCAUCUCUACAGCUCCAUGGUGGGUCCUAAAAUCACCGAUUGCAGUCUGGAGCAGGAGAUGAAUAAGGGUGUCGAAGGGACAGGCCUUGCAUUCAUAGCAUUCACUGAGGUGAUGGCCUUCUUCCCAGCCAGCCCCUUCUGGUCCACCCUGUUUUUCCUCAUGCUGCUCAACCUGGGCCUCAGCACCAUGUUUGGAACAAUGCAGGGAAUCCUCACACCUCUCAUGGACAAUUUCAGCCUCUUGGGGCGUCACCGAACCCUACUCACGGUGUCCAGCUGUGCUUUGGGGUUCAUUAUUGGAUUACUGUUCACUCAGCGUUCUGGCAACUAUUUUGUGACCAUGUUUGAUGACUACUCUGCAACCCUGCCUUUGGUCAUUGUGGUCAUUUUUGAAACCAUUAGUGUGGCGUGGGUUUAUGGAACAGAUCGCUUUCUGGAUGAUAUUGAAGUAAUGCUCAGAUGGCGCCCUCCGGUGGUGUACAAGUACCUUUGGAAAUAUGUGUGUUUGCUGGCGAUGGUCAGUCUUCUGGCAGCCAGUUUGCUCCGCAUGGUCUUCAAAGGGCCCACGUACACCGCCUGGAAUCAAAGCACGGCUUCUGAGAUGACUCUCGAGUACCCUGGCUGGGCCCUGGCUAUGAUCAUCAUGCUUAUAGUAUUUGCCAGCUUGCCUGUACCUGUCGGCUACAUCUAUUCCUUAGUGAAGAACCGCUGGGUCCGUAGCACUCCCUCCCAGGUUGAAGUCGGCCAGGAAAUGCGUCGUGAGUUGUACACCAAGUGCAGCUCUACCGAGCAGCCAGAUUCCCAUUUCCAUCCAGUCCACUUCGGGGAAGACGAGGUUCAUCCCAGGCCUGCCUUCCUGUCGGUGGGCAACGAACAUUACCGGCUCCUUUCCCAGGAGGAGGACGAGGAGGAGGAGGAACAAGACACGGGGGUGUGAGCAUGGUGGUCAGAAGGAAGUUGUUUGAGAAAGGACAAAAUACAAAUAGAAAGAAAAGUACAAAGACAAAAAACUAAAGCAAGCAGAGCCAUGAACAGUGUUAUCCUUGGAUUUUAUGUCUUUAUAUUCAGUAAACCUUUGAAAAGUUGUUUUAACUAUGUAUUUAUAUUGUAUCAUCCUCCUAGUGCCUCCCUAUAUUUGUUUUCUGAACCAGCUUUGCUGUUCAGAAGAUAGAAACAGUUGUACAUAAACAAUAAAACAAUAAAGUUGUGUUUUUGAAAGGAUUUAAAGCAGGAAACGUAUGCAACAUGCUGAUGACAGUCACUACUUUCAUGUCUGGUGAAUGCAGCAGCUCAUAAAAAUGCUUAUUGGAUCUUUUUUUUAGCUGAAGGACUAAUAUGUAUUUGCAUGAAAACAUUCUGCCUUGAGUAACUGUGGUGUGUGUGUGUGUGUGUGUGUGUGUGUGUGUGUGUGUGUGUGUGUGUGUGUGUGCUAGUCUUUGAAUGUUUCUGUAAUGAUUUAGGCUGGUUUUGAAAUGUGACAGGGUUUUUUCUUCUUUUUUUGGUUUUGGUUAUUUUUGUAUUUCUAUCAUUUUACCUCAUAAGACCACAGCAAUGUUUUUACAUGUGUUCACAAAAAAUGUGCAGUGUUGCAGUAUUUUUACUGUAUUUUAAUAAACCUCUAGGUGGCA